CCAAUGGUUAUGCUAGGGUUGUAGCUGUAUGCAGCGUUUAUGCUACCAUCAUGCUAAAGAGUUAGCCACGAAGCAAAGCAGUUUACAUGUAUUUAUGGCCAUGAGCCUCACUUUACUUUAUGCGGUGUGUUUAAUGAUUAUAGGUGGUGUAAUUGGACCCAAGACUGUUUACAACAGCGUGAUUCCAAUAACAACUGAAUGUGGAGGAUUUCAUAAACGUUGGCUAGGCUUGAGAGCAACUAGUUAGCUAACUAUCCAGCUAACGACUGUUAGCUCGCCAAAACAGUUAGCUUUGGCUAGAUAACGUUACCUGCCAUAUUAUCCAUCCAUCUGCAAGAUAUCAGUCGGCGUCUCGUCGUGGGACACUAAAAAGGGAAAACCAUGGAUAAGGCGGAUUUCUUAAAGGGUCUCCCAGUUUACAACAAGAGCAACUUCAGUCGGUUCCAUGCAGACUCUGUGUGUAAAGCAUCGAACCGAAGACCGUCCGUGUACCUCCCGACACGUGAGUACCCCUCAGAACAGAUUAUUGUCACAGAGAAAACCAAUAUCCUCCUGCGCUACCUUCAUCAUCACUGGGACAAAAAGAACGCAGCGAAGAAGAGGGAACAGGAGCAAGGAGAGGGAGGGAGUCCAGCACCUCCACGCAAAAUCGCGAGGACAGAUAGCCAAGAGAUGAACGAGGACUCUUAGGAGUGUGUGUGUACGGAUGCGUGCAUCUGUGGAGGAAGCACACGGACAGGCCCACCAUGACAGACAUGAAGACUAACAAUCUGAGAAAGAGUCCGCCCUGGUUUGGGAAAGACAAAACAUUUUUUUUCUUUUUUUUGUUACCUUUUGCAAAAAGCUUCCUGUCAGAUCCAGUGUUGUUUUCAGCUUCACUGCCCAGCCUUGGCCUCAUGGGGGCACUGCAACACCUUUCCACAGUUUGCUUCUGCAGACCCAAGUAUACAUUGUGAUUGUGAACUGCUGCCUGCCACAACCCGGCCACCACAACAGGGGAAGAAACUACCUCCCAGACUUGUGUUAAUGUUCAAUAUGCAUUAUCUCCCAUGAUUCUGUUCUGAAUUUGUGUGUGUUUGAAGUUUGUGCUGGCUUGUUUUACCGUACAUUUUAGGACUGAGUUCUUUAAUCUAUUGCCUCCUACUGGUCAAUAGGGAUAACAUGACAAGUGACUCAACAGCUUACUAGCUUAGUUUGAAUGUUUGCAGCUUUCUGGCAAUGUAUGCUGUUUAAAAGGGUAUUAUAGAAUGGCAAGACAAAUUGUUUUAGUCACCAGGUGUUGACUACUCACUUUCCCAGAAUUGUGUGGAAUUUGUUUACACUGUAAUCGAUGUACCCAUUAUGUAUGUUUGUAAAGAUCUCACCUUACCAGCACAACCAAGUGAUAGCAGAGGUAGAGCAAAGAAUAGAAGCCUAUGUCAAUAUGAGGGGUGGCGAGAGAAUGUUGUAUUCAGUAUGAAGACCUGUGUAAAUACUAUAGCCAGUGGCAGCUGUUAGAUAUUAAGAUCUAGGCUUUAUAUUUCUCUAAAGAAAAUGACAUUGCAUCUGACUUUUGUCAAAUAAAUCUAUAUGUGGCUACAUGGCUAUAAUAAGUAUUUUGUGUAAAUGUUGAGAAGCACUGAUACCUGAUGGUUGUGAUCUUGCCUUGCAUGUCUGUUUUUGACAACUUCCUGGGGGGGGUUGUGUGGAGAAGAGGAUACAGGGAUAUGUACCACGGGAGGUUGGUGGCACCUUAAUUGGGGAGGAUGGGCUCUUGGUAAUGGCUGGAAUGGAAUCAGUGGAAUGGUAUAAGUACAUAAAACACAUGAUUUCUAUUUGUUUGAUACCAUUCCAUUUGCUCCGUUCCGGGCAUUAUUAUAAGCCGUCCUCCCCUCAGCAGUCUCCUGUGGUAUAUAAGUAACAGACCACUGCCAUGGAAUGCAUGAACAGAAAGGUGCAGUCGCCAUCCUGCCUUGUUCCAGAGAUUCAGCUUGUACUGGUGUUGUACUACUGUACAAUACUACACUGAAUUCUGGAGUUUAUUCAGAAUGCUGCAGAUAGAAAUGUAAUGAAAAGAGCUGACAUGAGUAGUAUCUGCUCUAUAUUAUACAUUUCCUUGCACUUUUAUGUAGGACCCUUCUGAACAGGCCCAAGAUCUUUGUUAGUGUUUACGCUGCCCAACAAAGUCACGGCAAGUCUAUUUUUCCCUCAGCUCCAGAUGCUGCAAUCGAUGUGAGUUUCCUACUGUACCUGCCAUUGAAGCGUAAAGACAUGCUGUACUCUUCUGCUAGACUAGACUAGACUGUUCUGACUAUCCACUCUAUGCUUCUGCUAGACUAGACUGUUCUGACUAUCCACUCUAUGCUUCUGCUAGACUAGACUGUUCUGACUAUCCACUCUAUGCUUCUGCUAGACUAGACUGUUCUGACUAUCCACUCUAUGCUUCUGCUAGACUAGACUGUUCUGACUAUCCACUCUAUGCUUCUGCUAGACUAGACUGUUCUGACUAUCCACUCUAUGCUUCUGCUAGACUAGACUGUUCUGACUAUCCACUCUAUGCUUCUGCUAGACUAGACUGUUCUGAAUAUCCACUCUAUGCUUCUGCUAGACUAGACUGUUCUGACUAUCCACUCUAUGCUUCUGCUAGACUAGACUGUUCUGACUAUCCACUCUAUGCUUCUGCUAGACUAGACUGUUCUGAAUAUCCACUCUAUGCUUCUGCUAAACUAGACUGUUCUGAAUAUCCACUCUAUGCUUCUGCUAGACUAGACUGUUCUGAAUAUCCACUCUAUGCUUCUGCUAGACUAGACUGUUCUAACUAUCCACUCUAUGCUUCUGCUAGACUAGACUGUUCUGAAUAUCCACUCUAUGCUUCUGCUAGACUAGACUGUUCUGAAUAUCCACUCUAUGCCUCACCCUGUUUUAUUGUAUAUUAGGUAAAACCUAUUUUCAGCUUCGCUCCAAUAAAAGCAGUGAUUAAAAAGUAA